AUGGACCGCGGGAACGGGACUUCCAAUCCGGCGGGCGCGCACAGCCCUUACUGCGGCGACCUUCUGGUCGACGUGCACGACGUGUACUUCCACUAUCACGGCUACGCCAGUCUGCUGGUGUGCGCUUUCGGUUCGGUGGCCAACGUGCUGAACAUUGCCGUGCUCACCCGGAAGGAAAUGGUGUCGCCGACCAACGCCAUACUCACUGGGCUGGCCGUGGCCGACCUCAUGGUCAUGGUCGAAUACGUGCCGUUCGCCUAUCACAUGUACCUCCGGCCGGCCGACUAUCCGCGCGCGGACCGGUUUUCGUACAAGUGGUCGCUGUUCGUGUUGCUCCACUCCGACUUCUCCCAGGCGUUCCACACCAUUUCCAUUUGGCUAACCGUCACCCUGGCCGUUUGGAGGUAAGCGAAAAAAUAUGUUUUUCGUGUUCGAAUAAGCCGGGCAAAUGCGGCUUUCCUUCGCGUUGAGUUAUCGUAAAAUCAAAAGAUUAUAACAACUGAGCCUGGUUCAAAUUAAUUUUAAAAUAUAAACGAACUGGACAAACUAAAUGGUUUCAAUUUUUCAACGUUGAUAAUCUUGAGCGACGAAAAUUGAUGUUAGUAUAGAUAACUACGGAUUUAUGAUAUCAUUCUGUAUGUUCAGGUGUAUACCUUUAAAUUUCUUGCAGUAAUUUUUCGUACAAAACUCGCGGCUUUUCAUUAUUAUUCGUAAAAACACAUUACUUCCAAAAGUAUUUGUGUUUUUAUAUGCAUACAGCUUGAUUUUUUUUUAUCGUGAACCAGACAUUUUAUCGGAGAAUUUUAAACGAAUUCGAUUUAUGGUUUUUUUAAAUCAUUGUGGAAUCGUUUAAGCUUUAUUAAAAAAAAAUAUUUUUUAAUUCUGUACCCUCAAUCAAUGUACCUUAAAUAAGGAUAUACUUUUGGUUUCCAAAUAGGAAUCCUCUUUUUGAAUUCAGGUUCGAAUGGAGAAUAUUUUUUUAGAAAUUUGUAUGUGCAUAACACGAAUACCAGAUGUACCGUUUAUGGAUUAUAGACAAGUUUAAAGGGUUUAUCUAUUUUGAAAUCAUACAUUUAUAACUCUUCUGCAUUCCUCCGGUCUAAACUUUAAACUGUUUAACUCACAAACGGUAAAUCUGAUAUUAGUGUUGUGCAUUAAAAUGUGUAGAAAAAUAUUAUUUGAAUCUGUGAUUGAAAGGAAGAGUUGGUAUUUACAAAUUCACAGUAGAUACUUAUUUCAGGGGUAGUAGAGGAAACAAAUUGAAAACAGUGUUAAAAUUAAGUUUAAAUAAUUCCGUAAUAAUUAAAAAAAAAAAAACGGAAAUCAAAUUCACUUAAAAUCCCCUGGGAAAAUAGAUAGUUUAUGAUAAAACAAUCGCCUGUAUAUACGAGUAUAUACGUAGUAACGAAAAUAAAUUAUUUAUAGUUUAAAGUUGUAUUAUAAUUUCCAAACGUUUUUAUGACUGCUUGGGCGAGAAUUUACAAUUCGUUUGAUUUUACAAAUAUGAUAAAAUGCCCCGUUAAAUAGUUACAAGACGGUAAACUAAUAUUAACUAUGUGACAAUUGUAAUUUACACAAUACUUGGCAGUAAUAUAAUAGUAAUACAAUUAUGACCGAACUAUUCGAAUUUGUCGAAAUUCAUCGAACAAAAUUAACGAACAUCGUUUAAAGCAAUUUAGUUUGAAAAAUUAUAAAUUCAGUUUUAACUCGUUUACAAUCAUUUAGCAAUCGUAUAUAUACUAUUAAAUUUUGAGCGUAAUUAAGUUUUACCGAAAUGUGAUGUUUUUUUUGUCGGACGACAUUUUAUUCGUUUUGUAAAAAUUCGUCAAUUUUUUGCAGGCCUUUAUAAAAAAAAUGUGGUGUUUUCGAUUGGUGGUACUUUAUUCAAACAUUUUUUUAAAAUUCUCAACAGUUCACAAACUAGAUCAUUUUUUUUUUUUUUUUUUUGAUAAUACCUAUCUCUGGAUAGUACUGUAAUAUUAUGUAUUGUCCAUAUUAUCCGGACGAGCGGAACGGUAAAAUUGACUUACCACAACGAGACGGUUCAUAUACAUGCAUAUUAUGAAUAUAUAUCAUUAUUUUAUAUAAUAUUUUUAAACCCGCAAUGGAUUAAACAACCCAGUGAAAUGAAAGACGUAAAAAAAAAAAAAAAAAUAAUACAAUUUAAAACCCAACGUUAUUAUAAUAUUACACGAAGGCAUACCUAUACAAAACCUACUCUAUAAGUAUACAAUAAAAAAAAAAAAAAAAAAAAAAAAAAAAAAACAAAAAAAAAAAAAANUAUUACGAUACAUGCAUAUUAUGAAUAUAUAUCAUUAUUUUAUAUAAUAUUUUUAAACCCGCAAUGGAUUAAACAACCCAGUGAAAUGAAAGACGUAAAAAAAAAAAAAAAAAAAAAAAAAAAAUGAAAAAAGUACCAACAAAAAAAUAAAUAAAUAAUAUGACGGAAACUCGUUUUAUUAUAUGACGUCGCUUCCAAACCGAAUUUAAAAUUAAGAACGUCAUACUGCAUUAUACACGGGCAGUUAGUUUUCGCGUGUAAGUGUAUUUAAUCGUAUUUUCAAAUAAUAAUUCGUCGCGAAAUCUUCUUCAAAACGUCUUGAAAAUGUCUUCGGAAUAUAAUAAUGCAAUAAUAAUAAUAAUUUACAAAAGUUUCGAGAAUUUUAUCAUGUGGGAUUCGAGACAGCUAAAAUAAAUUGUUGGUGGGAAGUUUGAAAGUUUGAAGUUUUUCCCUUGCAGUCACAUUCACUGUAAAAUCAACAAAAAUAAAAUCAAUCAUCAUUAUCGUCAUUCACUGUUGGUUUUUUUGAAACAUAAGAAAAACUGUUAGGAAUCUAGAACAUUUUGUUCAAAUAAAAUAUCAAUCUAAGAAAAAUUUAGCAUCUUGACAAAGUUAUUUUAUAAGAAAAAAAACUAAUCUUUGUAAAACAGUAAUAUUGCUUCUUCGGUACACUAUUGCAAGUUAUUUAAUUUAUUUAAAUAUUAACAUUUCGUAGAUUGUAGGCAAGCAAUUCAUAACCGCAACAAGUAUAGGGAUGGUGGUCAAUUAUGUUUGUUCACCAUAAACCGUAUACUCUGAAUAAGUGAACUUUGUAGUGGUUUUUGUGUAAUUAGCUUGACACGACCGGAAAGGUACCUACGGUCUAAUUAAAAUGCACUGAAAGCAUAAAUUAAUAUAAAUUAUUUAAUCAUAUAUGCAAAUUAAAUUUUUCUACGGUAUACGGCUUGCAGUCCAAUUUGAUUAAUGUGAUAAUUUGAAAAAAAAUCAAAUUCGUGUCUAGCGGCUAGUUGUACUUUAAUUUUGUGAUUUAAUUCUUUCGAAUUUUAGGUGGAUAUUUGAUCACUCCUAUGAGAGGACUUGGUAGAAUUUUACCAAUUUUAUCCUUUCCGUUUACAAAAUAAUUUUUGCUCUACACAUUAAACUGUUGGUUGCUUUACAUUAUCUCUUUCCAUCAGUGGCACCAAAUUAUUGUUAAAAAUCGAUCACAAAAUAAAACCAUACAUUUUGUAAAAUAUUGAUAAAAAUAAAUUCUUUCGAAAAAAUGUUUGGAAAAUUAAGAGUUGUAGACAGGUUAAAAUCUUCUGUAAUUUAAAUUUAUUCUGUGAAGAUUCAAAACAUUUUAGGGGGGGUUAGCUCUCUUAAUUCUCUAAGUUAUAUUCGUCUGUAGUUUGAGUAAACCUUUAACAUUAGAGAAUCAGGUUAGAGAAAUAGAGGUUAUUUUAUUAUUAUCAGUAUUAGAUAUACGAGGGUUUAAAAUUUCAAAGCGGUUUUAUUAUUUAAUUACGAAUCUUUGGCCUCGAUACUCAUUGAUUACGAUACGUUUUCAUAAUACUGUAUAAUAUGUAUAUAUAUAUAAUGUAAAUAUAUUUUUAUAUGCUACUCGUAGAUUGGAUCCAAAAAGAGUUAUUUAAGUGAUCGGAGCCCCUUUUCGCAUCUCAUUAUACUUUUAGCUUGUUUUUUAUCAUAAAAAUGUACUUAUAUUAUAGACAUCUUCAAAAUCGCCCCACCCUCCAUUAUCUUGUUCUGGAUCCAUAUCUGUUUAUAUCUAUAAGCUUAUACGAAAAUUGUUAACGCAAUUUUUCUUCUUGCUUUUCCUCAUAUAAAAAAUGAGUUUCAACUUGGAUUUAUGUUUUCAGUAUAGGUAUAUUUUUCAACUCAAGUUCAUCGCUACAAUUCCAUUAAUUUUGUUUUGUUGUUUUUUUAACUCGUUUAAAACGAACUCGAACGAACAACAGCGAUUUUUUAAAGGAUUGCAUUUAAAGGUCAAAUUUAUUGUGUGUGUGUGUGUGUGUGUGUGUAUGUGUGUACGAAGAAAUCGUGAUACUACCGAAGUCGAGAAGAUUAAGUGAUCAAUUGUAUCGAAUGUGCCAGUCUCUCUAUCGUAAUGAACUGCUGUAUAAGUGUGCAUUGAUUGUUUCGCUUUAUCAUCGAAGUCGAUUCUGUUAAAAGCCCGCAAAUAUUGCAGUAUCGCUGCUUUUUUUUUCGACGAAAUAAAAAAUUCGUAACGUUUACACGACGAAACAUUGAAUCCGCGUUUUCUCGUUUUUCUCUUGAUGUAUGUACCAACCUUUGUAGGUUGUUUUUAUUAAUUUUUUUAUCAAUUUCGUUUGAUUAUACAACAAAUCGUACAAUUUAAAAAAAUAAUAAUAAUAAUAACGUCGUCGUCGGUUUAAGUCGGUUCAGUAUACGUAAUUAAAGCGCAGUGCGACUGUUUUUUAAAACAAUAACAAAAAUAGUUGAAUAUGAGUUCAGUUUUUUUUAGCGAAAUGAUAGUAUCUUUAAUUGUGUUAUUUACAUUCUGCAUUCGUGCGCAUUGCUGAAAAAUAUUGAAAAACACUUAUACACGGUUGGACAGAUUAUUUUCUUACAUUUAAGUUUGAACAGGUCAAAACCGGUCUAAUAUCAAAACUAACAGUACACUAAUGGUUUUGUUUAAUGAAAAUUUGCUGUCGUGAUGCGUUCGUAAGACGGAGACGACAAAUACACAUGUAUCGUCAUAUUAAAUAACAGGACAUCGAGUCGAGAAAAAAGAAAACGGUGAAAUAAAGUUACAAAACACCAGGUGAUGGUGCACGCGAUACAUUAAUUUACAACUAUAAUUCGUGUGACGUCCACAAAAUGUAUCGAUUUCAUCGAUUCGGUAUAUCGAUAAUACAAUAAUACAUAUACUCACGUCGUUAAAAAGAAAAAAUCCACCCGUGCGUGAAAUAAUGUGUCCAGCCUUUAAAUAAUUGAUUUCCACAUGUCACUGAAUUGUUUAUUCUACGUUUUAGAAGUUGACGAUAAGCCCAGGGUCAGAGUAUAAUGUGAGACCAUCAACACUGGAUCCGUUCCGCUCGAAACACUUUCCGAACCGUUAUUAUGGUUUUUUUUUAGAAAUGUACAAUAUAAUUCCCUGCACAUUGCAAUCCAAACAACCCAUUAGAGUUAAUUAAAACAUUAAUAAUCGACGAAUUGUCAAUUUAUUUUUCCAGUGGUUCAAUAGUUUGAAUAAUUGCAUUACACAUUUUAUGGCUCACGUAGAGUUUUUAUUGUAAAAAUGUUUAGUAACUAUUUAAUUUCUAAUGCGGUAAAAACUAAAGGGUUCUUGAAAAAAUCGAAAAAUGACCUUCUUAAUGUACCAUUCCAAGAAAAUUUCAUUUCGGAAAAAGGUAUACAUUGUAUGCAUUAGAUUAAGCUUUUGGUGUAUACAAUAUAUAAAAUAUAAACAUCUUUUAAAAAAUAAUACAUUCUUCGCUACACUCAGAUUUAAAACUUGACAAAAAUGACCACCCCAAUGCACCAACUAGACAAUAAAUAUUUUUUGAAAAGAUGCUACACUUGAUAAUCAUAACCAAAUUGCCGGUAAAAAAAUGAUUCACAGAUAGACAAAAACAUAAAACAUACAUCACAGUAAAACAAAUACAUUCCUACGUUUUGCUUAGAAUCUAAAAAAGGCCCUAGGGAUUAAACUGCUGAAAAUGUCAAUAAAUAUCUCAAAUAAUAAAAUAACAUAUCAACGGAUAAAAAUGCCGCUUUUUUUUUUAAAUAACUUCAUAACAAAUUGAAAUAUCUGUCCAAAGAAAUAAAAAAGAAAAAACUAAAACAAUUUUUUGAAACAAGUAUUAAAAAUAUUUUUAAAUAUAUAUUCAAAUAAAAUACCACCAGAUGAAAUCGUCCAAAUUUUUUAAGAGAGAACAAAAAAAAAUCAUAGUACUUUUACUAACCAUAAGAAUGUUUCAGAGAAAGUCAACGAAUUUUUGUAAAAAUAAUAAUUUCUUCGUUGUAUUCAGAAUUUAAAACUCCAUAAGAACGGAUUACCUUAAGUUAUUGAUAUAUAUUUCUAAAGACCGUUUGGCAUUCAUCUUCAAACGUAACCUACCUGGUAGUAGACCACUAAUUAUAAUAAUCAUAAUAAGUAUAAUCCUUCGAACGAAAUUUCAUUUUGCAGAAUGCACAUUUUUGGUUUGAAAUAUCAAUAAUAAACAAACAAAUCGUCCGUUUCCGAAAUAGUCUAAAAUCCAAUAUUCUCAAAUAGUUGUGGUUACAAAGUGUCCCACAUCACUGCGAAAUAUUUUUUUUUUAAAUAUCCGCUAACAAUUGUCAUAAAUUUCGAACCUAUAGGAUUAUAUUGAUUUAUAAAGUAUAACAAAAUAAUUCAUAACGACCGAGUCGUAUCAAUUUUGUGGAAAACUCUUGUACCACGUACCUAUAAUAAUUUCACCGUGUUCCAAACUUUUCUUAUUAUGGAUUUUUUUUUUUUUAAUAUACGAUUUUAAAUCUAUAAAAUAAUAUUUAAAAAGAAACAUACACACACACACACACACACACACAUACAUAAAAAAAUAUUAAUUUCAUCGAGAAAAAAAAACGCACAUCAAAAAUGAAAACCGCAUACGUCGGUACAAAACCAUUAUAAUCAUAUAUGAUGUCCUUUAUAUCCGUUCACAAUUCAAAAGCGAGUAAAACAUUUCGACAUUAACUUAAUAAUCGUAUAAAUUCACACAUCGUAUUUCAUUAUAUACCUAAGUAUACGUAUUCAUUGGGUUCAACGUAAACCGUUUUUUACGAAAAUCCGAUUUUCUGAGCGACAGAAAGUUUAUAGAAAGUUUAUAAGAGGUAAAAUAAUAUCAUCCAUAGCUCGGGGGCGGGAAAAAAUGUUAGUCGCCGGUUGUAUAAUACGGCAGUCGCUCGUAAAUCAUAUACGAUAUUAUUUAGAUUGCGCAAAAGUACAUAAUAUAUUCUAGUGUAUAUUAUCUAUUUAGAUGUCGAGAAAUAAGAAACGUCUGGGAAAUAUUGAGAUGAAAAUUGUUAUCACUAGAAAAAAAAAAAAAUAGUAAUACUCUGUGAUAUUACGUCCACCGCUCUUAAACCCAACACCGGAGCGACAACGUUUCCGCUCUAACGUGAGAAAUAAUUCAACGAGAACGCAUAACUAUUGAAAAAUGACCUAUUUCAAUAAUUUCCACCUUUAGGGUGAAACCUAUCGAUUAACCUAAUGAUAAAUGUACACACGCCGUCAAUAAAUUCGAUCCAGAUAAAUAUAAAAUAAAAAUAUCAAACGCAUUAUUCAUGAUGUUCGCAUUCGCAGUUGAUUAUCAGUGUUGAAAUCUAGAUUAACAAUGAAUUAUCUUUUAUAUUAUCCAGAUAAUCAACAAAAUUGGUAAUCUGAUGAAUUAUCUCAGAUGAAAAAUUGUGUAACCUAACUUAAUCCAUCGGGGUAAAUAAAUGCUAGUUCUAUUUUUUUAUUUCGAAAAAAUUAAUAAAACAAAAUUAAAAUGUAAAGUAAUAAUAAUUUUCCGUGUUGCUUAUUCACGUAAUUUAGAAUUCUACAUGGCCUGAUACGAGUUCUAUGAUCACAAUGUGACGUUGUGUAAAUCAUAGUCCACAAUUCGUAAUAAUUAAGCCCAUACACACACACACACACACACACACACACACACACACACACACACAUACACACGUGUACAAAAAUAUUCUGAUUGGUCUUUGUCGGCUCAAUUAUAAGUAUAGUUAACACCAAUUUCCAAAAUAGUAUUGUUAUAUAUUUAUAUAAAUGUUACUGCAUAUAUUAAUCAGUGUUUCUUUCAGGCAUAUCUCCGAGGGGGNGGGGGGGGGGGGGGGAGGAGAAAGGUCUGCUCUCUGAUUAUAUUAAUGUUGUAUAUUAUAAAUUUGUAUUGAUAAAAGUAUUGUUAACAUAAAAAAAAGACUGUUUAUCAGUUUUUUAAUCCGAAUAAAUAAUGAUAUAUACUUUAUCUGUAUCUGGAUAAACUGUAUUCGAUUAUCGUUCAUCUUCACCUAGAUAAAUAUUUAGUUAUCUUUGUGCACCACUGUUGAUUAUACUUAUAUCCGAAUCUUGAAAACCCGCGUUCGUAUGUCACUAUAUCGAACCAAUAUUACUUUCAAAACGUAUAUGGCCGCAAUAAAAGUUUGACAUUUCUUCAACCUUUCCUAUACUGUGGCCAUUAUAUAAUAUUUGUCGACACAAAUGUUCACGACGCUACAUUGUGUUUCACCUGUAGUCGAUUGGUUAUAGCUUGUCAUCGUUGAGUACAAAAUUUAAAAAACAAUUUAUGAGUACAUCGAUAUUUUUCUCCGUCUCCGUCCCUCAUUGAGUAGUUUACAUGUCCCGCAUCCGUUAUCAUCUACUACCCAUCACGCCUUCCUAUUAUCUCUCCUAAUAACUUCUAUAGCCAUUUUUCCUUCUCCCUAUUCUUAAACCGUUUAUCUUCUAGUUUAAUUCAUCUCCUCUUUUAAUACUAUUUUUUUGUUGCGUAUGACACGGUAUUGGUGUACAAAAGAUAAAUAAAAUAUAACAAACGGAAAUAAUAGCAAAAGUAAUAAUAAUAAUAAUACACACAUGGAUUAAUACAAAGAAACAAAUAAACUACAAUAAUAGCGAUAACAGUUAUACGUACACAGUGCUAUAAGCGGAUGGUAAGAUUACGCGGCCAAUCUAGCGAUUCCCAAUCGCCCUUGAUUAGACAUGCUGUUUCUCCACUUAACAUUGUUUUCGGGCAUUCCUCUACAAUAUGCCUAAUAGUUUGAACCUGACCACGCUUGUAGAGAGGAGAGUCCACGAUUCCCCAUAUAUGCGUUAAAUAAUUGCACCUAUCCUGUACGGUUCUUAUACGGUUAAGAGAAGCCCGUAUGACACGUGGAUAUUCAAAACCUGGAACUGAUUGGGUUGGAUCACUCGUGAUUAUUAAGUAUCAUUCCAUCUCUCCAUUGAGUAUUCAAUGGGUCUUCUGUUGUGUUAGUACUAUUUUUUAACAUCCAUAUAGGAUGUCUAGAUUUCAAUCUUUCAACAUACUAUACGAUCCAAGAAUAUUUUUCUCGUUUUAUCUGUUAAACCUACUAAUACCUAAUCUAUAUGGCUAUUUCUUAUCCGACUCGAUCGCAUCAAACAUAUCCUUAACAACAUUAUCAUUCUUAUUUCCAGAACAAUUAUUUUACGUUAAUUUCCUUAAUUCAACGUUCAACAGUCAGACCAGUACAUUGUCACUUGCUUCGCAACAAUUUCAUACACAUUUUUCACGCCUUUUAAUCACACAACAUUAUAGCUGUCGCUUUUUUCCACUUUAUUUUUAUCAGCCACAUUAAAUUCUACUUAAUGCGUUCUAAAAUAAAUAUAAUACCUAAGUAUCAUUACUUUGAAAAUUAUAUUUUAUCUUCAUGUAGCCCACCUAGUAUUUCGUGAUUGUAAAUUUACAAAAAAAAAAAAAAUUCAUAAAAUAUAUUACGGUUCAACAAUUAAUUACAGCGCAUCAUAAAAAAAAAUCAUGUUGGAUCGAAUUCUCUGCUUUAGAUUAAUUCGCUCGCGUGCGAACGUAAAACAUUUUGAUUUAUUGCUGUUCUCCUGUUUUUUUUGUUUCGUGUGAUAUUGUAUUAAACUAACGAAAUUUCAUUGAUUAUUCUUUUUCGUAAAAGUAUGUGUGUUUCCUUUUCUUUAUAAGCUCAAAAACAUAAUAUUAUUAAUAUAUAUAUGAUAGCCGAUAGGUAUCCCGAAUUAAAAUAACCCAAUCAGUCCUUGUAAUAUUAAAAGGUAAUAUAUAUUGAUAUAUAAACUGUCACUGAAUUAAUUUUACUAUGACUGUGCUUUUUUUAUUUUUUUUUUUUUUUUUUUUUUUUUGUCUCUGUUAACAACUACCAGACUUCAUCCAAUCAAAAAUGACAAAAUUCUUUUUUUUGUUGCUUUUGGAUCUAGUUGGUAAAUUUAAGAAGUAAUAUACUAAUUUUUCAAGUGGUUUUCAUAAUAAUUAGGAAAAAACGUAUAGGAAAACUCUGACCAGCAUUAACGGCGCCGCGUCAUAACCUAUUCCAUUAUAUUACAUUUGUAUGAUUUUAGUAUUUUACCAGAAAUUAAAGUUUUUUGUUAAAAAUAAUUGUAGAGAGUUGAAAUUUUCUCAAAAUACUUAUAUUGGCUGUUUCUAGGUGUGGUACAUUUGUCAAAACAUAAUGUCAAUUUUUUGGUUUGUAUUUUGUAUAUAUUUUAUAAAAGUAAAAUUGUUCGGUCGAGCAAAAAUGUUUGAAAUUUAAUACGAGAUUCAUUAUAAGUUGUACUUAGUGGUAGAAAUUACCGUAUUUUAAAACUUGUUUGACCUGCUCGAAAUCGGAUUUCAUUAUCAAUAGUUUAUCGUUGUAUAUUGAUAUAAAUUAAAUAACUCUAUGUAUCUUUUAUCUUUUCAACUCCUCCCUCCCAACAAUUCAUGUUGUAAUUCGGUUAAAAAUAAUCGUAUAGAUCUAAAAUUUGCUCAUAAUACUACACUAAUUACUAUACUUUUACAUUACCUCUUCCUAAAUGUUUUACAAUUUUCAGAAGAUUUGAGUUUUUCUAAACUCGGUACUGUCAAGUUUUACACAUUUUUAAAUACUUAGUUUAAAUGGCAGAUGAGAAUAAAUAUAAUAUUUUGUUAAUUUUCGAGCGUUCGCGGUUUAUUAUCGUGUAGUUUGUACUCAUGCAAAACUUAAAUUACUUUUACUUCAUCAUAUAAAUUACUGCAUAAUUAACUAGACGAGACAACGUAGUCUAAAAUUUAAUUUACUGCUCGUUUAGUAAUUUGUUACUAUGAUUGCGUAACGAUGUAACAGAAAUAACAAACGUCCUGUUUGAGUUAUAAUUACUAAACUCAAUAACGAGAGCCGUCGAGAUUUUGGUACGUCGUCGUUCAAAGAUACGUUCGAUUUUAACGAACCGGUCAUACGAAGUGGUGAGAACCCGGGGGCGUUUCUAAUAGCUAGAGCUCGGACAUAAAUACUCUAAAAACGAAUAAAAACUUUUGACAAAUGCUCUUUAAAUGGAAUAACAGCUAAACAUGGAAAAUAUAAGUUACACUUUUUCAGUUGUUGUAUUUUGUCAACGGCAGCCAUUAAUAAAGACAAGACAAUUUUUGCGAAAUUAUAAAUAGAACGAUUGACAAUUAUUCUUGACGAAUAGCCCCCAAACCUGAUUAAAAUAAAUUUUAUGAAUACACAAUACAAAUUUAAUUUUAAACAACAUGCUUUUACGUACUAUUUUAUUAUUCGUGAUACACAUAAAACUAACUAAAAGACCGAAAAAUGCCAUAUAAAAUUUUAACUUUUCACGUAUCUGAUAAUAUCACACAAAUCGAACUAUGCACUUGGAACUACAUAAUUGGUAGUAAGGACUUUCUUAGAUCACCCAAGCAAAAUAAUGUACUUUUCGUGGAAAUCCAGGCCCCGCCAAUAAUCAACAUUUUACUCCGAACUUAUAUUAUUUACGGUACCGAGAUAUUUUAGCCUCGCGAGUAACAAUCUGUUAUCAUUAUUGUUCAUGCAUAGUAAUUCUUAUGUUCUAAAAAGCGAUGGGUUUCUAUAAUUUGUUUAUAUUGUGUGCCUACGUGCGAUUUAUUUCCGUUUCUCGGCAAACAAUUUCUGGGGCAGUCAAAAUUAAAAAUGGUAGGUAUAAACAAAUUGCAUUUAGCAGCUUUACACGGUGAUUCAUUAAGCAACCUAUUUUGAUCAUUAAAUUAUGCAUGUAUUCAAAUUCUGAUUUUGGAGUUUUUAAGUAUAGUUAAAGCCGAUAUUUUCAAAUACUCAGAUUUCCCACAACACCUAAAGUUUAUCCUGUGGUGAUAUCAACUUUUGUUUUUCAAAUGAGAACCUAAGUGUUUUAAUGCGAAUUCAGGUGAUUUUUCUGAAAAUGUCGACGUAUUUGUAAUCGAAAUCUGAACAAAAAGUUUCCGAGUUAUUCUACUUUAAAAUACUUAAGAUAACACUAAAAAAGUAUAAGUUUUGUGGCACCUAGGCGAUUGAUGUUUUAUAUAGUGCUGCACUAUUCUCCAAUCCAAACUUAAAAGUGAAAUAUCUCGUCAACGGGUUGGCAGAAUUCAAACAUAUCAACAACAACAUUUAUUUGAACUUGUAUUGACAAUACUGCAUCUAUUUAUGACAUUUUUAAUAAACUUUUGAAUAACCAAAAUAGGUAUUGCAAAUACUGUUGAAAAUCUGAGUAUUCGAAAAUAAUGGCGUUAACUACACUUCAAAAUUCCAAAUAUCAGAAUUAAAUUAUCAAAAUAGGUUGUGCAUACUCAAUUAAUCACUCUGGAUAGCCGAUUAAAUUGAAAAUAUUUCCGAAAACGUUAUUUCUGGGAAUAUUUGUGACGUGUAUGCAUUAUGUAUACAUGAACGGAUGAAACGUUAGGGUAUUCGUUUCGCGCGUCUAAAGUUAUGUCGCGGCAAAGAAAACUCCUUUUCGCUUGCCGGUAAAAAAAAAAAGAAAUCUCUCCCAAAUGAGACCGUCACGCGCGAGACUAAGUGGGGGGACACGCGAAGUGAAUUUCGAAAUCCUGUACCAAAUUGGAUCGUAUACAAGAUUAUUAUAUCGGCGAAAGUCUGCACUAGAAUAUCCAUUUACAGAAGAAAAUCGGUAACACUAGUAUUAUUGUGUGUUUAUGGAUUUAUUAUAAUUUGAUAAGAAUAAAUUUUAAUACAAAACUAGUCGAUACUGUUUACGGGUGGUCCAUUGUUGUAGAUGGGUAGUUUGAAAGUUAAGAUAUACGUUAUACAUGGCAAUUUAGUUUACUUUUCGUUUACAACGAUAAAACAUUGAAAAUGAAGAAACGUUUCAGAGCAGAGUAGUAUUAAAUGGGUUUCAAGUUAAACUAAAAAUCAACAAAAGUCUAAAAACUCAAAAAAAAAACAAAAAGGGAAAAACUGCUGGAAGUGUCGAUAAAUGUUUUACAUAAAGUACCACUGGCAAAAUCUUAGUAAAACUAAUAGCUUCUUCAGAAUCUAAAAGUAAAUGCAUUUGUAUAAUCUCUAUCUACUGUGUAGAGAAGAGCCCAACCUAAUCUUCUCUGCAUCGCGAUUUUACUUAUCCUAACCUAAUACCUAACCGGUGGUGAUUUUAUGGAUUUAAUCCUCCCCCCUUCCGCCAUGAAAUGUUUUCCUGCAAUCAUCUCCGAAAUCUAACCCAACCUAAUCUGUAUUUCUACAGGUACGUGGCCGUGGUGCACCCGCAGAUCAACAGAAUAUGGUGUCGGAUGGAAACCACGCUGUCGGCGAUCGCCCUGGGUUACGUGGUGUGCCCUGUCAUCUGCAUACCUAGCUACCUAUCGUUCAACUUGUUCUCCAGAGUGGAGGUUCUGGACGCAGCCGGAAACCGGCCGGUAGGGUCGACCCUAGCUGCAGAGAGUAACAUUACCCAUGGCGGCGUCGUCGUCGGCGGUUCCACGCUCAACGGCGUGGAGCCACUGCGCAACGUAACCCUGUACUACGUGAACGUUAGUGAUCUGGCCACGACCACAUACUUGGCUGACAUUAAUUUUUGGGUGUACAGCGUGGUGAUAAAGAUCAUACCGUGCGUAGCGCUUACGGUACUCAGUCUGCGUCUGAUAUGCGCGCUGUUGGAGGCUAAACAACGCAGGGCCAAGUUGACGGGUAGUGGACGAAAGUCGGCCGACAAGGAGCGGCAAACCGACCGAACUACCCGGAUGCUAUUGGCGGUGCUCAUGUUGUUUCUGAUUACCGAGUUCCCACAGGGCAUACUCGGCUUGCUCACCCUGCUCCUGGGCAAGCGGUUCUUCACGGACUGCUACCAGAACAUGGGUGAGGUCAUGGACAUGCUGGCUCUGGUCAACUCAGCCAUCAACUUCAUACUAUACUGCGUCAUGAGCAGACAGUUCCGCAAUACGUUCAGCCUGCUCUUUCUGCCGUCUUGGAUAUCCAAGACCGAGUCACAGGCCAUGUCUCACGGUGGCAAUCCGACCACCACGCAAGUCACGCAAGUCUAGGGUUG